GUAGUCCUGCAGGGCCUUGGGCUGCCUGGCUGGCCCUGGAGCUGCGGACUACAGCUCCCAGGCCUUCCCCAAGCUCCUAACGCACAGGCUCAGAGCCCCAAGCCUGGAGGAGGUGGCUACAUUGUAUCUAUUGUAUCCCUUGGCUGGUGCAUUUAUAAGAUUCUCCCGGACGGGAAAUUGAGAGUGAAAAGCAUGGCAGAUGAACAAGAAAUCAUGUGCAAAUUGGAAAGCAUUAAAGAGAUUAGGAAUAAGACCCUGCAAAUGGAGAAGAUCAAGGCACGUUUGAAGGCAGAGUUUGAAGCACUUGAGUCAGAAGAGAGGCACCUGAAGGAAUACAAGCAAGAGAUGGACCUACUGCUACAGGAGAAGAUGGCCCAUGUGGAGGAACUUCGACUCAUCCACGCUGAUAUCAAUGUGAUGGAAAACACCAUCAAACAAUCUGAGAAUGACCUAAACAAGCUUCUAGAGUCUACCCGGCGACUACAUGAUGAGUAUAAGCCACUGAAAGAACAUGUAGAUGCUCUGCGCAUGACUCUGGGCCUGCAGCGGCUUCCUGACUUGUGUGAGGAGGAAGAGAAGCUCUCCUUGGAUUACUUUGAGAAGCAGAAAGCAGAAUGGCAGACAGAGCCUCAAGAGCCUCCCAUCCCUGAGUCUCUGGCUGCUGCAGCUGCUGCUGCCCAGCAACUCCAAGUGGCCCGGAAGCAGGACACCCGGCAGACAGCCACCUUCAGACAACAGCCUCCACCUAUGAAGGCUUGUUUGUCCUGUCACCAGCAAAUUCACCGGAAUGCACCUAUAUGUCCUCUUUGCAAAGCCAAGAGUCGGUCUAGAAACCCCAAAAAGCCCAAACGGAAGCAGGACGAAUGAAGAGGAGAACAUGUAGACUUCAGCUGAUCAUAAGCCCUCCCCUUGGCAGAGUGCUUGAUGUCCUGAUUCCCUACUUCACCAAGUCUCCUAUUUAAUGUGAUAGAAGCACAACACCUUCCCCCUCCCCCCACUUUGCGCUUCAUUUUUUCGUGCUCUUGGGAUUUCUGAUUUAAGAAGAAAUGAGAUUCAGGUGCUAACGACUGUAUCUGAUGAUGAGGCCUUCUCUCCCAUUUUCAUUUCACUGCUCCUGUUUGGAGUUAAAGGCAGGGCAAAAGCCCAGAAGUGACUGUUGCUUGUACCUCAUGCCUGAAGUCUUAAGAAGCUAUAGGCUCUGAGGCCAGGGGGAAUGCUCAUAUCUUGGUUUCUCUUCCAUUUAUUUUUGUCUAAGGCUCCCAAGAGACAGCAGUCUUCUUGAUGGACUUCCUAACAGACUAAGUGCCAUCUUUUCCUCCACCUCCAUCCUCAUCCUUAAGUACCAGAGGUAGCUUAGACAAAUCUUCCUUUUAAUAUCAUUUAUGAGGCCUGGAUGUUAGCCUAUAGCUCCCUACCCAAGUCUCUCAGAUGUGCUAAAAUUCUUAAGUACCAGGUUAGGUGGCUGGAAAUUCUGAGAUCUGUUGGGCUGGAUUAGACUUUCUCCACAAUGAAUUACAGAACCAGUCCCUGUAUAUAGGUCCUGCCUAACUCACUGCCCAAGCAAGACAUUGAGGCUGAGGCGUAACCUACAGGAGUUAUUUUUGGCUGAGAAGGGCCCGGUGAUGAUUAUGAUGUUGGCUUGUGUUCAAAAUGGUUACUUUGGUACCUGCUCAGUGGUAUAUCAUGGGGAGAGAAGGUGUGGACUUAAAUUCACAUGAGUACCAAUCAGUAAACACUGAUGAAGUGGAUAGACUUAUUUCCAUUCAUCCUUCUCUCUUCUAAGUCUGUCUUGUAUAAGGCAACCUCAGCUCAGGAUAGAUGCUGGGCACCUCUUUCCUGUGGAUUGUGCAGGAAACUUCAUUCCAAAAGAAAAGGCCUCAUGUUCUCCAGGUUCUACAAUUCUCCUCUGCACCAAACCUAGCUAGGUCUCCUUUUCAAGUCAUUCAGACUUAAAGAAUGAAGAAGGGGGCUGACUGAAUGAAAAAGUUUUAGUUCUAGGUCUCAGUCCCUGGCUAGGGAGAAGAUAUUUUUUCCCUCUUUCCUUAACUGUAGUUUUAAGUUGCCACAGUGUAUGUGUUCAUAAUAACAAAGGCUCCUCUGCCUUUUGAAGGUAAGAGUGUUA